CCCCGUCAAGAAUAUUCAGGGCUCGCCGGCGGUCGGGAGUUCCUGCGUCUGCGCGAAGAUGGUGGCGGAGGAGAGCGUCCGCGUGGUUCGUUGUGGCGGCAGCGAGCUGAACUUCAGGAGAGCGGUGUUCUCCGCGGAUUCUAAGUAUAUUUUCUGUGUCUCUGGUGACUUUGUUAAAGUUCACAGCACAGCUACGGAAGAAUGUGUACACAUAUUGCAAGGGCACAGAAAUCUGGUGACUGGAAUCCAGCUCAACCCCCACAAUCAUCUACAGUUGUAUUCUUGUUCCUUUGAUGGCACCAUUAAACUGUGGGACUAUGUAGAUGGCAUUUUAAUAAAGACUUUCGUAGUGGGGCAUAAGCUUCAUGCCCUCUUUACUGUAACCUGUGCUGAGGAUUCUGUCUUUGUUAUAAUAAAUAAAGGAAAACAAGAUAUAUUUCAGCUGGUUUCAGUGAAACUGCCAAAGUCAUCAAGCCAGGAGAUAGAAGCUAAGGAGCUCUCCUGUGUUUUGGAUUAUAUAAACCAGUCACCCAAGUGCAUUGCCUUUGGAAAUGAGGGGGAGUAUGUUGCUGCAGUACGGGACUUUUACUUGUCUGUUUAUUUUUUCAAAAAGAAAACAACAUCGAGGUUUACUUUAUCAUCAUCAAGAAAUAAGAAACAUGCGAAGAACAAUUUUACAUGUGUAGCAUGUCACCCAAAGGAAGAUUGCAUAGCAACUGGUCACAAGGAUGGCAAAAUUCGUCUUUGGAGGAAUUUUGAUGAUGAUAAGAAAUACACGUACACAUGUUUACAUUGGCACCAUGAUAUGGUUAUGGAUUUGGCUUUUUCAGUGACAGGCACCAGUCUGCUGAGUGGUGGUCGGGAGUCUGUCCUUGUGGAAUGGCGCGAUGCAACAGAGAAGAAUAAGGAGUUCCUCCCUCGUUUAGGAGCUACUAUUGAACACAUUUCAGUCUCCCCAGCAGGGGAUUUGUUCUGUACUUCUCACUCUGAUAACAAAAUAAUAGUCAUUCACAGAAACCUUGAGGCUUCUGCAGUAAUUCAAGGCCUAGUGAAAGAUAGCAAUAUUUUUACCGGUUUGAUGGUUGAUCCCAGAACUAAAGCUUUGGUUUUGAAUGGAAAACCUGGCCAUUUGCAGUUUUAUUCUCUCCAGCAUGAUAAGCAGUUAUACAAUUUAGAUAUUAUACAGCAAGAAUAUAUCAAUGAUUAUGGUCUGAUCCAAAUCGAGCUAACAAAGGCUGCAUUCGGUUGUUAUGGUAACUGGCUUGCAACAGUGGAACAACGUCAAGAAAAGGAAACAGAGCUUGAAUUGCAAAUGAAACUGUGGAUGUAUAAUAAGAAAACACAAGGGUUUGUUCUUAAUACAAAGGUUAAUAUGCCACAUGAAGACCACAUCACAGCUCUCUGUUUCUGUAAUGCAGAAAAAUCUGAAACCCCCACCUUGGUUACAGCUAGUAAAGAUGGUCACUUCAAAGUAUGGAUAUUAACAGACGAUUCUGAUAUAUACAAAAAAGCUGUUGCCUGGACCUGUGACUUUGUGGGUAGUUACCACAAAUACCAAGCAACUAACUGUUGUUUCUCUGAAGAUGGCUCUUUACUAGCAGUUAGUUUUGAGGAAAUAGUUACAAUAUGGGAUUCAGAGACAUGGGAACUUAAAUGUACAUUUUGUCAACGAGCUGGGAAAAUAAGGCACCUUUGCUUUGGGAGAUUGACUUGUUCAAAGUAUCUUCUUGGUGCUACUGAAAAUGGCAUUCUUUGCUGUUGGAACCUGCUCAGUUGUGCAUUGGAAUGGAGUACAAAAUUAAAUGUUAGAGUUAUGGAACCUGAUCCUAAUUCAGAGAAUAUUGCUGCAGUCUCUCAGUCUUCAGUGGGUUCAGACUUGUUUGUAUUUAAACCUAGUGAGCCAAGGCCAUUGUACAUUCAAAAGAAUAUCUCCAGAGAGGAAGUCCAGUGGGGAGUGUUUGUUCCACGAGAUGUCCCUGAAUCAUUCACCUCUGAAGCUUACCAAUGGCUGAACAGAUCCCAAUUUUACUUCCUAACAAAAUCACAGAGUUUAUUGACAUUCAGUACAAAGUCUCCAGAAGAGAAACUCACACCAACAAGCAAACAGCUACUAGCAGAAGAAAGUCUUCCAACAACCCCAUUUUAUUUCAUACUGGGAAAGCACAGGGAAAAGCAAGAUGAAAAAAUAAAUAAGGCUUUUGAGAGUGAACUGGUACAGUUACCCUUAACAGAAAACAUACCUGCGAUUAGUGAGCUCCUUCAUACUCCAGCCCACGUUUUGCCAUCUGCUUCUUUACUGUGCUCCAAGUUUGUAAACUCACUGCUACUGUCUAAGGAGACCAAGAGUGAUGAAGAAACUCUUGAAGAUACAGAUACAGAAGAAGAAAAAGAAAGUGAUGAUUCAGAUGAAGAAAAUGAUUUUACUGAAAAGAUCCUGGAUACAAAUAACACAGAUUUGGGAGAAGACCUUCUAUAUCAGUUGUCAAAAUCUGAAGAAAAAGAACUAAGAAAAUUCAGGAAAGUAGACUACAGUUGGAUAACUGCCCUUUGAGCCUUGGAGAUAGGGAAGGUUCUUGCACUUUCUGUGUUAUUGUAUGUUGAUACUCCAAAAACAUCUAAUGUUAUUUAUCUUGAAAUAUUAACUAUGAACAGGCUUUAUUUUUUAAAUAACUGGUAAUUCAGGAAUUCAAAGCUGUGUUUGUAUCAUGCUUAAUGUUGGCUGGGUACAUUCAUAUAGACACAAUCUCCUUUUUAUUUUGAAGAACAUCAGCCUUAAAAAUAGCUAGAUAUUUUUCUCACAGGUGAUUACAGCAAAUGUCCCCGGCAAAUAUCUGCAGUUUGGAGGUAUAAAUAAUCAAAAAUCAAAAGAUUUUGUUGAUGAUACUAAGUUUAACAUCAAAACUCAUUUGGUGGCCAAAUAGGACCUUAAUAGAUGUGAUGUUUUCUAUAGUCCUGCUUCAUAGCUCUUGGUGUAUUUAUUUCUCAAAGAGAAAUUUGGAGAAAUUAUUUGGUUAUAUAGUGUUCCUCAGACCCCACUAAGGGUAUUAAAUAAUAUGGGCUGCCUACAAUCUGAAAAAUUCUAAAUUCAAGUCAUUUGGCUCUGAGCCUUUCAAAUAAAAGCUUAUCUACUCUA